AUACCCUCAGACAUGCAUAUAUACAUACAUCUUCGGCCUAAGGGUGGGUCUGUCCUUCGUGCGGGAGGGGUCGCGCGGCCGCGAAUCAGCGCCGUGAACGUCGCUUCGGGUCCGCUCUCGCGCGAGUUGCAAGGGCGGUGAUCGGUGAUCCGCGUGCGAUACACCAUCCGAUCGCUCGUGUGAUCCCGGUGCAUCCUGGUGCACAUCUUAUUUUCUCGCCGACGACGAGGACGAAUCGAAAACGGAUGGAACGUGGGUCGCUCCUUUCCUGAUUCUCCGCUUCUGUCAGUAAUAGAGAAAGAGAGAGAGAGAGAGUGACGGAGACAUUCACACGAGCCCCCCCCGGUACGUAGGUACCGCUCCAGUCGUUCAUGGCUGCGGCUCGGGGUGGGGGAAAACAAGCCCUGUAACGACGUAAGAUCCCAAAAGCUUUAUGCAGGAAUAUGUCAAGUUUAAAAAUCGUGUUGGUAAUGCACUUGCUUGCGCUACCCUUGAGAACGAUGGAUUCUGACCAAAGAAAUCAGCAGGUGCAUCAGCACUGAACAAAAAAAAAAGCAAAAGUAAAAUAAUGCCUGCUGCACUCACGCCGUCGACUCUGUACAAGCAGACUUAAGAUUUAUUGAAGUAGUACGUGAGUAGCAGCUACUCACGCCACACUCUCAGCUGUACAUACAAAUUUAAAUACAUAUAUAUAUAAUAUAUAUCGUCGUAUAUAUAUAUAUAUGUAUUUAUUUUUUCGCACAUGGCAGCCAUGAAGCAUGGCAAGACGAGUCAAGACGACGUAUGUUACGUUGUCGCCAAGUAUGAUUACGGGGCACAGGGCGCCCAGGAACUAGACUUACGUAAGAAUGAUCGCUAUCUAUUACUGGACGAUUCGAAACAUUGGUGGCGAGUGCAAAGUGCGAGGGGACAAGCAGGAUACGUGCCGAGCAACUAUGUUAAGAAGGAGAAGCCCUCGUUGUUCGACAGUAUUAAAAAGAAAGUUAAAAAGGGCUCCGGCUCCAAAACGCUGCCAUCCAGUAACUCGCCGUCCCGUGCGGUUGAGUCACCUAUCAUGGCGCGACGCCUGCCAGCCGAUCCGAGCGAAGCGAUCGGCACUGCGGUUGUCAAAUAUAAUUAUCAGGCGCAGCAGGCAGACGAGCUGUCCCUUGUGAAGGGCACCAGAAUCCUGAUACUCGAGAAGAGCAACGAUGGUUGGUGGCGAGGCCAAAGCGGCACCCAGGCCGGCUGGUUCCCGUCGAACUACACUCAGGAGGAGGGCGAUGCCGACGACACGCUGCACACAUAUGCGAUGGCCGAGAAUGUGCUCGAUAUCGUGGUGGCCCUUUACUCGUUCUCAUCCAACAACGAUCAGGAGCUGUCGUUCGAGAAGGGCGACCGCCUCGAGAUCCUCGAUCGUCCGCCGGCGGAUCCGGAAUGGUAUAAGGCGAGAAAUAGCCAGGGACAGGUCGGAUUGGUGCCGCGUAAUUAUCUCCAGGAGCUCAGCGAAUACUUGACGCAACCGUAUCGCGAGCGCGGUAUGACGAGCAGUGAGAUCAGCCAAGGAGAUUCCCUUGAACGAAGGCCGGACCCAGGUGAUCGGCCGCAUCUCGUCGGUAAACCCUGGUACUACGGUAGUAUUACGCGUUCGCAAUGCGACACGCUGCUCAAUCAACAUGGCCAUGAUGGAGAUUUUCUAAUCAGGGAUAGUGAAACCAAUAUGGGUGACUAUUCGGUAUCCUUGAAAGCACCGGGACGUAAUAAGCACUUUAGGGUACAUGUGGAAGGAGCGCUAUAUUGCAUCGGUCAAAGGAAGUUCCACACACUAGAUCAGCUUGUAGAUCAUUACCAGAGAGCGCCAAUUUAUACCAAUAAGCAGGGCGAAAAGUUGUACUUGGUACGCCCAUUACCAAAAGGCAAUGCCAGUAGCAAUGGUUGCUAGACGAAUUCGUGCCAUGAAGAAGAAGACAGUCCAUGCGCUUUCAGAUGUAUCGCUAAGAUACGCGACGCCUGCCUAGUAAUAUCAAUAUCAUCAUACACAUCUCGUACAUUUAUACAUAACAAUUAAUAUAAUUGGUCUACACUCGUAUAUAUUAGUGUUUCUCGAUUGUUUUUUCUCCAUUUAUACAGUGACAUAUAUCUAUAUAUAUAAUUUAUUACUCUAAGUGAAUCUUUUACACACACAUUCUCCUCGGAGCUUCCAGACUACUCUAGCAAACGAACAAGGAAACAUAAAUAUGGCAACUAUGUGAAACUAAUUGACAACACAACAAGGCUUAUAUCUUUAUAUUCAUAUGUAAUUGUAAUACGCGAACCGACCAUGUUAUUACAAUUAAUAAUAUAUUACAACUGCAUAUAAUAUAGACUGCGCAAGUGUAAUGAUCAAGUAAUAAUUAAUUAUCAUGCAAUUAUGAAUGAUUAAGUGGAUCUCUACUCUAGAGCUAUCGGUAUUGAAUUAUAACAAAGACUAAGUGUUCAUUUGUGAUUUUGUAUUUAUUAGAAGUUUUUAAGUAAAUAAACUGUAUUUAAGUGUGCAUAA